AUGGCGAUGAGAGGCGAUGAUGUCGCCUGGGAGGAGAGCGAUCGCAUUGAGCGCGUUUGGCGCCACUCCCUUUUCGAGGAAUCGACUUUGAGGGAUGUUGGCCGCUUUAUUGCCAAACACCGACAGGGAGUACCCACCGAGCUCUGCGAGCCUAAGGCUGGUGGCUUCAAUGCUCUUUUCAGGAUGAAGUUUAUCGACGGCGGCUCGGCCGUAAUACGCUUUAUGAAACCAGGCUCUACGAUGUUCCCAGAGGAGAAGAUAAAGCAAGAGGUCGCGACCAUGAGGUUUAUCCAGAAUAAUACUGCGAUCCCAGUUCCAUUUGUCCAUCACUGGGGUACUCGGGAAGAGAGCCCGCUCAACAUUGGACCCUUCAUUAUCAUGGAGUAUAUGAAACAUGACAUAGACAUAAUUGAAGCACUGAACACUCCUGGUCGCACGAGGGAUGAGCGACCAAUUUUGAACCCAGAUGUUGACGGGGCUUUACUGAAGAACCUGUACGGGCAGGUUGCAAAAAUUCUUCUGCAACUUUCUAAAGUAGAGCUUCCACGUAUAGGUGCUCUCGAGGGAACCGAAGAGUGGACGUGGGAGGUGACUCGACGCCCGUUGUCACUCCCGAUGAACGAGUUGGUCCGCGUCGGUACAUUACCGCAGCAAAAACUGCCCACCGCUCCGUUUAGCAGCUCUUCCGCAUACUUUCAAAGCUUAGCAGCCCUUCACAUCGAUCAUCUCGCCGCUCAGCGGAACGAUGCCGUGGACUCCAAAGCCGACUGCGAGCGCAAAUACGCGGCCAGGCACCUAUUCCAUAAGCUUUCGCGCGAAAAGCGACUCUUCUCCUCCGAGCACGACAAGGGACCUUUUAAGCUGUGGUGCGACGAUUUGCGGCCGUCGAAUAUCCUGCUCGACGCCAACUAUCAGAUCGUCGCAGUGAUUGAUUGGGAGUUCAGCUAUGCUGCGCCGAACGAAUUCACGUUUGCGCCGCCCUGGUGGCUGCUUUUGGAACAGCCUGAAUACGGGAAGGAUGGUCUUGAUGACUGGGCCGAGGCUUACAAGGCGCGCUUGCCAGUAUUCCUAGAGGCCAUGACCGAGGCGGAAGACGACUACAUCGCCUCGGGAAAGCUGCAAGAGGACCAGCGACUGUCGGGCAAAAUGCGUGAGAGUUGGGCCAGUGGUGAUUUCUGGACCGUCUACGCGGCGUGGAAAAGUUUCGCCUUUGACAGCGUGUAUCGGAAGGAGCUUGACUCGCGGUUUUUUGGACUGGUCGUCGCGACUUGCGACUCUGAAGAUGUGUGGAAGGAGAGGCUUGGGCUGCUCGAUCAACAGACUCAAUCGGCCAUGGAAUCGUUCGUGGAGCGCAAAAUGCUUGAGACGGAGACGAGGGUGCUGGCCUGGGACCCAGAUUAG